CAAAGCUGAGCAAAGGGACCUGGCCUUAUAAAAGGCAGGGAGGUGGUUUUAGCUUUCCAAAAAGGAGCCUCCAAGACACAGCCUGAGGAAAUUCUGCGGGAGCAACAACGGUAUGGCGGACGAUUUUACUUGCCAAGUCAAGAAGAUGGCCUUGGCCAUGGGGGCAUCCCUGUCUGACAAGGAUAUUGACCUGCUGCCUUCAGACAUGAGGCAUCAUGCUUCAUUCAACUACGCCAAGUUCUUUGAAUAUAUGCGGCAGUUUCUGACAUCAGACGACCGGGAGAUACACUUGCGAAAGGCCUUCCAAGUGCUUGACAAGGAUGGGAGUGGAUUCAUUGAGUGGAAUGAAAUAAAGUACAUCUUACAAACAGUGCCCAGCAAUAUGCCAGUGGUGCCCUUAUCAGAUGAAGAGGCUGAAGCCAUUAUCCAAGCAGCUGACACAGAUGGGGAUGGCCGGAUUGAUUUUGAAGAGUUUUCCGAUAUGGUCACAAAGGAAAAGGUUCCAAAGAAAAAGUAGAAAAGACCAAGAAGAACGGCCUCCCGUUUCCCUACGCAAGAAUGCUGUGCUGGGGGUGGGAUGAUGGAACUUACCUGUCUAUGAUCAUGUUGCACUUUUUGAAAUAUCUCUCCUUAUUAUUAAUAUUUUUGCAGGAUGCAGUGGGUAGGUGCGUGGGGAAUCUGCAGCUUGCUGUCAGGGUGUGCUGAGAGAGGCCUCUCUCUCCAAACUGGAAAACCAGCCUGUUAGUCACAAAAUGCUACCCAGCCCUUGAAUAGGUUUCUUUCCAGGCCCAGGCUACCUGCCCCAGAGCGAUUAUAUCUCACCUGGCCCGGCAGUGGCAGACGCCAACUAUGGCAACGGAGCGAGACCAGCUCUCCAAACUCUUAAAGGGUGAUUAUGGUUAAGAGGCACGUGCUUCCUCCUUUGUCGCAAGCCAUCCUUUGGUCUGUGUUCAUCAAAUUUAGCUUUGGCCUAGCUGCUCCCCACUUUGCCUGGUAGUAGACUGACUGCUUUUGGUGGGGAAAGGAGAACGGUUUGCCUGCGUUUUUGGACAACAGGACUGAAAGCGAACCAGAAAUGCUUGCGCAUGUUUCGCAGCCUGCCCAAAUCCUGACGCGAUAUUUUCUCUCCCCGGACCUUCCUGCUAGCUUUCCAGUUAGGAACCAUUAAGAGCCUAGUGGGUUUUGCGCCAAAGGAAAAUGCUACUUUUGUCCUUUCCUGUCCAAGGCAAAUAAAAGCCUUCUGUUUUA